UCUGUAGCGCCGAGCCGGGUGGAGCCACGGCCUGGGACUGCGUGCGCGGCGCCGGCAGUUCGGUUCCGCCGAGUAGCAGGACCCGUGCGAGCCCCAAACCGCCGACUUUUCUGGGACUUGGAGCCCCCGACGCAGGCCUCAGGAGUCAGGAGCUGGGUUAAAUGCCUGUUGGCUCCAGAACGGGCUUCGCUCGCUCCUCAGCUCCAGUGUUGGCGUGGACCCGCCCUGGGUAGAGUUUGCUCUGUGCCACACCUUCCCUCUCUCCCCCUCCCUGAGCCUCGGGGUCUGAUGUGCGUUUCACGCCCGCAGCUAGUCCAGAAUGGCUACCCUGAUCUUCGUUGAUAAGGAGAACGGAGAGCCAGGCCCCCGUGCGGCUCCCAAGGACGGGCUGAAGCUGGGGUCUCGGCCUCCAGUCCAAGCUUUAGAUGGGAGAUCUCAGGUUUCAACACCACGUGUAGGCAAAAUGUUUGAUGCUCAAGCAGCCUUACCUAAAGUUGCCAGAAAGGCCUUGGGAACUGUCAACAGAGCCACAGAAAAUUCAGUGAAGACUAAUGGACCUCUCAAACAGAAGCAGCCAACCUUCUCUGCCAAAAAAGUGACUGAGAAGACUGUCAAAGCAAAAAGCUCUGUUCCUGCCUCAGAUGACACCUAUCCAGAAAUAGAAAAAUUCUUUCCUUUCAAUCCUUUAGAUUUUGAGAGUUUUGACCUGCCUGAAGAGCACCAGAUUGCACACCUCCCCUUGAAUGGAGUGCCUCUCAUGAUCCUUGAUGAGGAGAGGGAACUUGAAAAGCUGUUGCACCUGGGCCCCCCUUCACCCCUGAAGAUGCCUUCUCUAUCCUGGGAGUCUGAUCUGUUGCAGUCUCCCAGCGUUCUGUCGACCUUGGAUGUUGAAUUGCCACCUGUUUGCUAUGACUUAGAUGUUUGAAUUUCUUAGCACUUAAUAGUUUGUGUAUUUUGUAUUAAUAAAGCAAUUCUUUAACAGACCUUUCCUAA